AUAGGCCGAGGAUUAGGUCUCACAUACCAGCUGGUUUCCAAAACCUGUCCUUUGAUGAUCUCUCGUAAGCACUGUGUCUUCCAGCAAAAUGCAGAAGGGCAGUGGACUAUCAAGGAUAACAAGAGUCUAAAUGGAGUCUGGCUUAACAAGCGGCGCCUGGAUCCCUCAAAAGCCUAUCCUAUUGCUGAAGGAGACCAUAUCAUGUUGGGAGUGCCUUUGGAAAACAAAGAGACUGCUGAAUACGAGUAUGAAGUAAUUAAAGAGGAACUGGAGAAAAUCAAACCCUUUUUAGCUCAAAGGAGUGACCUGGGGAAGGCUAAGACCUCAAGAACUAAGCGUAAAUUUAGUUUGGAGGAGUUGGAGAUGUCUGGAUCAGAAGGUCCUUCAAACCCCAGACCCAAAAAAGACAGAGUGUCCUGUGACAGUGAACCUUUGGGUAAACCGUGGGGAAGGGUAGAAGAGGCCAAACCAUUAACAAAGAAGAUGGGUGUUGAGCUGCUUCCUCCUGGGCCAAGUGAGCAGGAUAGUGAUCCAGUGUGCAGUCGUCCCGUGUGCUCUGAGAAAGCCGUGUCUGUCCCCUGGGAGGACCAGAAAGGGUCUGGUCUUUCACAGUCAUGGACUGUCUUGGAAAUGCUGAAGAGAACUCUAGUAGAUGUAUUGAAGUUAAAGGUCAAAGUGCAGGAGAAGCAGACAGCAGUUCUGAAUGUGAAGCAGAAGCCCAGGAAUUAUGCUCAGAAGGACAUCCUGGCAAUGGAGCAGGAGCUGCAGGAGUUGCAGGACCAGCUGUGCAUGGAACAAGAGCAUCAGCAGCAGCAGGUGGAAGAGCUGGAGAGGACAUUCUUUCAAGAGCAGCAGGAGCUAGAGGGAGUAAAGUGCCAACAUGGGGAAGAGAAUCUGAAGGAGCAACUGGCCCAAGUCCUGCAAGAGCAUCGUGCUUUAAUGGAAGAAUUGAGCCGUAGUAAAAAAGAUUUUGAGGAGAUAAUUCAAGCCAAGAAUAGAGAACUGGAAGAAACCAAGGAGGAGAAGGAAAAGGUGAGAGCCCAGAAGGAAGAGGUGCUGAAUCAGAUGAACGACGUGUUGGAGAAUGAGUUGCAGUGUGCCAUCUGUUCUGAGCACUUUAUUGAGGCGGUCACUCUGAACUGUGCACACAGCUUCUGCUCCUACUGCAUCAACGAGUGGACAAAGCAUAAAGUGGAGUGUCCCAUCUGCAGGCAGGAGAUCAAAUCGCAGACACGCUCUCUGGUGCUGGAUAACUGCAUUGACAGGAUGGUAGAAAAACUGGACGUGAAAAUGAAAGAGCAUCGCCUGACCCUUAUCAGGGAGCGGAAGGUCAGAGGUGGGUGGAUGUGGCAGGAUAAAGAAACAGAAUGUGUUGGUGAAACCAGCCACAAUGACAGCUGUGCCAUUUCUUUCAUCUACUCCAUCUUCGAGAUGACUGGUAACAACAGUUGA